AUGUCAAGACGUGAAUUGAAGGCACUACUUGAUAGUCAAGAGAGCCUUCCUAUUACUACUACAACCAGAAGAAGACCUCUGAGACGUGGAACUAUGGCUGACACGGAGGAACAGUCGGAGCCAAGUGCUGAAGUCACUCGAGAGAUGCAAGAGCUGCGUGCGAUGGUGGAGGACCUACAAGUACAGCUCCGGGAGGCCCAGGACGCCAUCACGGCCAGUGAUGAGCAACUUACUAGGGUGAGUGGCGAGUGUGAGAGAGUGUAUAGCGAGGCGCGUGUGGUCUCUGAUUUGGUUGGCGGUUUGACUGGUGGUGGUCCUUCUAGUCUUCAGAGUGUGUUUCAAGGCUUUUUGGAGUCUCAGGCUAAGCUUUUGGUUAUGCAAACAAAUGCGUUGUCUGUGCAGAGUGCGCCCCCGCUACUUUUGUUUACUGGAGAGGAUGUUGAUGGAGAGGAUGUUGAGGCAGAAGCUAAUAGUUUUGAACAUUGGUUAGACAGGUUUGAGGAGAGAGCUACCAUGUUGUCUUGGACUGAUGAGCUUAAAUGUUAUCACAUCAAGCAGUACCUUACUGGCACCGCUUUACAGGUUUUUGAACUGUUGCCGCCCGCCAAGCACAGCAACUACGGUCAACUCAUAGAAGCUCUUAAGGACAGGUUUAAACCUAUUGAUAUUGAGGAAUUGAGGGGUUUGGAGUUUCAUCAGCUUACACAGAAAAAUCAGUCAGUAGAGAAGUUGGGUUUGGAGUUAAUGACACUAGGCAAGAAAGCUUUUCCUACUCUCGAAACGACAGAGCUAGAUAGGCUGUUAAAGGGCAGGUUUUUUCAGGCAUUGCUACCCAAAUGGCAAUGGAAAUUGGGAGCACCUAGACUUGGAGAGUCGUUUAAUGCUUUGUAUGAAACCGCCGAGCGACAUGAGCAGCAGUAUCGGUCUAGUUGGGAACCACGUGACUCUUCACCCAGAAAGCACAGUGGUACAGAGAAACAACAGGGAGAGAAAGGUGAACCACCUCGGAAGUGUUUUGGGUGUGGUGGUUUAGGACAUUUCAAACGUAACUGUCCCCAGUCACAGGAAGGAGCAAGCCAAACAGAAUCUCAAGACAGGAGUGAGGCUCCUGGGAAACAGUCGGGAUCCACUUCCGCAACUAUCGAAGCCAAGGAUUCAUUAGCGACUUUAUCAGAUGAGCAGGUAGAGGAUAUCUUGAGGCAGAGGAAAAAGAGCAGGGUUUACUUGAUACCACAGAGGUACACGUUGGUGCAGUUUCAGCUAGUUGUAGCUGUUGGUCACACCUUGGAGUUAGAUGUACUUGUGGACGGAGUUCAGGUAGCGGCGAUGGUUGACACAGGUUCUCAAUCUAGUAUUAUCUCUCGGUCACUUUUGCAUAGGGUUGGACGGCAAGUUGAAGACAUUGGUGGCUGCCUAUAG